AUGGAUAAGGAGAAUGUUUUUGAUGAUGAAAGCGAUAGUGAAGAUGAGGAAAAAGUUAUGCUGAAUCUGCCUGAUUCAGACGUCGAUGAGAUUGAAGAUCAAUUGAACGGCAUUGGUUUGAAUGAUGAUGAUGCAUAUCUUCCUCAUGAGAUGAACAAAGUGAUGCUCAAUAAAAGUAAAGAUUAUGAAAGUGAAGAGUAUAGUUUCGUUCGAGAUACUAUGGAAUCAACAGGAAUCGCUAGAAAAUCCUUGAAUGAAUUUACACCAUCUCAAAAACGUAUUGCAUCUGUGCCAUAUAGUAAUAUACCUCAAAAACUUUUGAAAGUUCAACAUUUUUCAAGCAAGACAGAUUAUAAUGAAAAUCGGCAGGGUCAUGUUCAAAAACGCUGUGUAUUAUGUCGUUCGAAACAAGUUCGAAAACAAACUAUCUAUUUUUGUCGGACAUGUCCUGAUACACCUGCUUUGUGUUAUCCAGACUGUUUUGAUGCAUUUCAUAGUAAAAUAUAG